UUUACCUUCAUGUUGGUAAAAAAAAUCUGGUUUUUGCCUGUCAUUUAUUUACUUGAAGAACUCAAAAGGUAUAGUUAUAAUUGAAGUAGUUACAAUAAAUUGCAAGAAUGGCUAACAUAGCUGCUAAACGUAUUAAAAGAGAAUUUAAAGAAGUAAUGAAAAGCGAGGAAGUAGCAGAUGGAACUUUGAAAUUAGAGUUGGUCAAUAACAGCUGGACAGAAUUGAAAGGACAAAUAGCUGGUCCUACAGAGACCCCAUAUGAGGGAGGAAAAUUCAUUCUUGAGAUAAAAGUACCGGAGACAUAUCCUUUUAACCCGCCUAAGAUUAGAUUUUUGACGCGCAUUUGGCAUCCGAAUGUAUCUUCGGUGACAGGUGCGAUCUGUUUGGAUAUCUUAAAGGAUCAAUGGGCUGCUGCGUUAACACUACGGACAGUGCUUCUCUCUAUACAGGCUUUACUUUCUGCUGCGGAACCCAACGACCCACAGGAUGCGGUUGUUGCAAAACAAUAUAGAGAAAACAUCGAACUUUUUAACUUAACAGCACAGCAUUGGACUAAUGUUUAUGCUGGUGGUCCAAACCUGGUAUUACAUUUCGUGCAAAAGGUACAAAUGCUUACCGAUAUGGGUGUUGAUGAACAUCAAGCACGGGUUGCAUUGUCAACUUUUGAUUGGGAAUUAGAAAGAGCUACCGAACAGUUGUUCAGUUAGUCUUGCUACUCUGUUGUAAUUUUAAAGUUUGAUACAUACACACAGCAAUUAUUGAUACCUCACAUAUGUUAGUUUUUUUUGGUAGAGUUUUAUAAAGUCAGGACUAAAGACAGUUUUAUUAAUUGAUCAUAAAUUAAAAUAAAAUAAGUUCUAAGAGCUGAAAUAUUGUUUUGGCAAACAAUUUUUCUUUACUUUUCCAUUUAUCAUCAUAAGUACUCAAAAGCUAGAUGUGCUUUUCAUGUAGAAUUCAGUUUCAACUAUGAAACUAACAUGUUUCAAAGGCAUUUAAGUUUGCUAAUAGUAUAAAAGUAUUGUAAAUGAAAUAUCAUAUAUAUUAGCUUUAUUUAAAAUGCAUACAAUUUGUUUUUUCCUUAAUAUAUAUUUAAAGAACAUUAAAAAGUUUUCUCAAAUGUAGUACAUGUCAAAAAGAAAGUGGAAAAAAAAUCUAUGCAGCUAAUAAUGCUGUUUAAUUUUUGGGAAAAAUAUAGUUAUCUUUUCCCUCUUAUUAAUAAUCAAAAAUAAACAAUUAGUAAAAUUUCUUGGAUGCGUCAUAAUUGUGUGAUAGCUGUUAAAAAGGACAAAACCUGUCUCAAAGUUCCAAUAAAUGUUUAUUAUAGCUAAAGCAUAAAGCUACUGAUAAUAAUAGUUGUAAAUGUCAACUAUUCCAAUGGAUGCAAUAUGUGAUGGUUUGUUUUUAUAUAAUGUUUAAAGGAGUAACAUCGGUAAAUGAUUUUAUGUUGGGGUGAAAUAUUCAUGGGAGUGUUACCACUUAAGCUAAUUUUUUAUUCGUGCAUCCAUUGUACUACGAAAUUAUAUAUUUGUACUAAUGGAUAAAUAAACAUUAGGGUUAUUGUUCCACAAGCAUUUUUCUGUUAUCCAGUUAUUACUGGAUACUCAAAAAUUAUAAACCUUUAUUUAUUCCAAGCUAAAUUACACUACUAUUUCUAGUGUAUAUUUUGCCAGAUGUAUAGUUGCUUCUGAAUUUAGUUAUGAAUGAUGCAAGUAACAUUUUCAUGAUGACAAUCCUAAUUUUUAUAGAUUGUUAUCAGUAAAUAUUGAAAUACACUUUUUCUACUUAAUUUUUUAAGGCAAGUUCAUUUUUUCUCCUUCAUAUGACAUUGUAAAUUGUGUGGAAAAUUCAUUCUUAAAGUACAUAAAUAUUAGUAACUAAUAUUAAUGUUUUGUAAAUUUGGUGACUGGUACAUCAAAAGUCAACAAGAACUAGAGAAAGUAUUGUAUGUAAUUUUUGUUUUAGUAUAUAUGUGAGAAUUUAUAAAAAACAUGAACUUAAAACAGCCAA